CCAGCUCGCAUUGUUUGCCAUGGGCUGUACCAGUUCCUCAAAUUUGGAUCAAAACAACAAAUCUCCUUGUGGUAGUAGCAAUAACUCAAGUGACUUCAAAAUGGCAGGAAAACAGACAUUGGGUGUCAGUAGUCAGUUUCCAUCUCUAAACUCCCAGCAACGUAUCGGGGGAUCUCCAACAAAGGCACGAAAUAAGGUGGCCCUCAAACCUGGCCGAUCUCUGAUGGACUGGAUUCGUCUUGGCAACAGUGGCAAAGACCUGACAGGGGUAGGCCGCAAGGUGUUGGAGGUAACGCCUGAAGAGCUUGCCAAACAUGCCACCACUGAUGAUGCAUGGAUAGCUCUGCGUGGAAAAGUGUAUAACAUAUCACCAUACUUGGAAUACCAUCCAGGAGGAGAGGAAGAACUGAUGAAGGGGGCAGGGAUAGAUGGUACACAGCUGUUUGAUGAGGUUCACAAGUGGGUUAAUUAUGAGUCCAUGCUUGAAAAAUGUUAUGUUGGAAAAUUGAAAUCAACUCCCGUCCAAAAAAGGGGAAGCUUGUCAUCCCUUCUUAGACUCAAACCUCCUAAUGGUCCAGCACAGCCCUUGCCACCCAUGGCACCUCCCUCUCCACCAGAGCCCAGCCCACCACGGUUUGACUGGUACCAGAAUGAUAACACUGUAACUCUUGUGGUGUACACCAAAUGGAAAGAGAUGAGGAAGGAAAAUGUCAUCAUAGACAGAAACGGCCGUGACCUUACAGCCUGUGUGUAUAUUGAGGACCAUACUUACACUCUUCAUAUAG